AGUAGCCUACAUGCUAACGUUAGCGUUGAUGUGAAUGUAAAUCCAUGUCAGUGGCUAGAUGAUGAUCUUUAGAAAAAUAGAUACAUUUCAUCGCCUUCUGUGAAGUUUUAAAUCAUUACCUAACUGAAUUUAGCGCAUAAAGCGUUGAAUUGUUUUGCGAUGCAUUUGCGAUGUCUUGCUAGUUAGCCACGAUAGCCGACGAGAGCUAAUGUCAAUAGAUUCAUUUGCCAAUGAUACCAAAAAGCUAACAGCAGUGGAGAAUUUUAUGACAGGCCUGUGUCCAGUGGCUUUAUGUAGCUCCUUAUUAUGCAGUCGAUAGGUGGGUGGAUUGUUUCACGGUCUAGUUAGUCCGUUUUGUUGGCUAGUUAGAUAGCUAAGAUUUGUUCAAUUUAGCAGGGUAUGCGCAGUACAGGAUCUAUAACAUUUAUAUUAGCUCGCGAGAUACAGGUCGUUUUAAACAUUUCUUGAUGUGCAGAACAUUAGCAGCAGAUCGCCGUUAUAAUCAGGGGUAGACGAACAUGGGUGGCAAUGAUGAAGACAUGUCAAACCAUCUGGUCAGUAAACAACGCGCAGAUGAGGAGUUGAAUGAAAAGAAUCAGCGGAAUAGCCAGGAACACACCGGCAACAGCGCAAAAUGGGUAAAGGAGGGCCAAAACCAGCAGCGCAAAGUGGCGGAGAAACAGCAGGACCCCAACCACAAUGAUGUCAACUGGAACGAGGACAGCUCCCCAAAUCAAAACAAUCAAGAUGACGAGCAGGGCAAUGAGGAACAAAUUAACACAUCAUCAAAAAUACUGCACUCCCUCCAUCUGAACCUUGAUGUUGAGUCCAAGAACAUCCUAAAUGAACCUCUCAUUAUUGAAGCACUGGAUGGAGAAAAGGGCAAAGAGGAAGACAAGGAUGACAAGGAAGAUGAAGGCGAGGAAUUGGACAGAGAUGAAGAGAAGGACAUCUCAGUACCAAGCUUGGGAGAGAAAAAUAUGUCACCAGCUGAGGCAGAGUCUGUGGAGGAAGGAGAGGACCUUGGCAAAGACCCCAGCCAGUUGUUCUCUGACAUGAAUGCAACUCCUAGCGAGGAAGAUUCCAGCUGGACAACUGUGUCCCAGGACAACAGCGCAGACAAGUCUCCCAAUGGCAAUGGCGAUUCAAUCUGGGACUCCAAUGCUUUCGAGACGGACAGUGACCUGCCCCCGGGAUGGAUGCGCAUCCGAGACACCUCAGGAACCUACUACUGGCACAUACCCACGGGCACUACUCAGUGGGAUCCGCCCUUGCCCUCUGACAAGGUGGAGGAGUCCACGAUGUCUUCCAGCAUGUCUCUAGAGACGACCCCGUGUGAGGAGCCAGAGAUCACUUGGGGCACUUCAACUCGUCCAAAUAUAUUUGAUGAGGAAGAACCUUGGAAGGAGGAGGAGGUCACAUCGGAUGAGAGUCUGAAGGAGUUUGAGGGAGCUACUCUUCGCUAUGCAUCUAUCAACCUGAACUGCUCCCAGACGGAGGAGGGUGAGACAUCUGCCGCACUCUGCACUAACCUGGAGGCUAAGUGUUUUGCCGUGCGCUCCCUGGGCUGGGUGGAGAUGUCCGAAGAGGAAAUGGCUCCGGGUAGGAGCAGCGUGGCCGUCAACAACUGCAUUCGACAGCUCUCCUACCACAAGCAUAACCUCCACGACACGGCCGGCAUCUGGGGAGAGGGCAAGGACAUGCUGAUGGUGCUGGAGAAUGAACAGAUGAACCUGAUCGACCCCCUGAGCCAGACUCUGCUGCACACCCAGCCCAUCGUGAGCAUCCGCGUGUGGGGCGUGGGCCGAGACAACGGCAGGGAUUUUGCAUACGUAGCCCGAGACAACCUGACCCAAGUCCUGAAGUGUCAUGUGUUCCGCUGUGACACCCCUGCCAAGCACAUCGCCACCAGUCUGCAUGACCUGUGCUCCAAGAUCAUGGCGGAGAGGAGAAGUUCCAAGCACGGGCUGAGCCGCCUCAACUCUGACUCCUCCAGUAUGGGGGCCAUCUCAGUGCAAGAAUUUCCCGUGCCAAAAAAUGAGCUGUUCCAGCGUUUCCAUGUCAACUACCUUGGCAACGUGCAAGUGGCUAGGCCAGUAGGUAAGGAACGCUUGGGCAUGGACACCAUCAACGACGCCCUGCAAGCCACGAUGGACAGCAAGGAGAAGCACGAGUGGACAGCGGUGUCUGUUGACGUCGCCCCCGCUACACUGACCAUCUUAAAACGAGAGACGGAGGAGGUGCUGUGUGAGUGCCGCGUGCGUUUCCUCUCCUUCAUGGGCGUGGGGAAGGACGUCCACACCUUCGCCUUCAUCAUGGCGGAGGGCCCCAGCGACUUUGUGUGCCAUAUGUUCUGGUGCCAGCCCAACGCCGCCAGCCUGAGCGAAGCCGUCCAGGCCGCCUGCAUGCUGCGUUAUCAGAAGUGUCUGGACGCCCGCCCGCCCAGCCUGGGCUCCUGCCUGCCCACCCCCCCUGCAGACUCGGUGGCGCGACGGGUUAAAAAGGGAGUGCAAAGCCUGUUGGGCAGCUUCAUGCACUACACCUCCAGCUCUCCUUGAGACACACAUCUACAGUACACACACAGACACACAGACACACAGACACACAGACACACACACACACACACACACACAGACAGACACACAGACACACAGACACAGAGAAACACAAAUGCACAUACAGUAUAUGUACACAUAUACUCCAAGACACACAAAUGGUUGACCCAACCUAAUAAUCGUAAAAUUCACCUAUUAUCUUGACAACUUGUGAUAGUAGGCAGUAGGUCAAGCAGUUAACUCUAGUUCCUGCCCUCUUCCUAUCGGCAUGGGCAGAAGUGGAUAGUGACCGCACUUGCAAUUUUGGGUUGACUGUCAUACAAAACUUUCAUACAAAUACAUCACACACAAACACACACAGAUAUAUACUUUUUAACACAUAGUAGUAGAUAAGUAGAGUAGAAAUACACUCAUACAAGACACAGUACUUGCACACACAAUCACACAUACACAUCUUAGACACAUAAACACACACACACACACAGAAAGAAAGUCAUUUCAACUGUCAAAGCCUCUGUAAUAAUGCAUGACUCGGUGGCGAUAAUAGUCUCUGGCACUUCGAAAUUGGUUUAGUUCUUAUUUUUUUAAUCAGGUGCAGCAAAUGAAUCUAUUUUGACUGUUGGAUAUUGACCGUGUAAUAGUCUCUAGCUUUCAGGGUUGUUAAUGAGUAUCAAGAAAUGUUUACAAUUACGUUCAGUUGCACCAAUGUCCAUGCGGCAUCUUGCCUUUUUUUAGCGUUGUGUAGUUUCUUUACUUUUUGCUGUUUUUUCUUCCGUUUCAGCACUUAUUUUUAAUAAUCACUUAGUAAUAGAAUAUUAGUAUAUAACUAUACUAGACCUAUUUCCAUCGGGAAGGUAGCCACGAAUUAGUCAAGCAAAAUGCCACCGUGAUACACUGAAAUGUUAAUACACCUUUUACAGUUAAAAAAACGUUGCUAAUGAUAAAUGUGUAGAAUAUAGUGUGUCAUGGUGUUAGACUUUUGAGUCCCAUGUGUCUCUGUACCUUGUAUACACUUGUCUCAAGUCACAAGUCCUUAUCCGAAACGCCAUGUUUGUGGAAUAGCAUAGCAUAGAGCUUUAUGUCAACUCGACGACGAAAGUAGUAUGCACUUAGUUCACAGUUCCGAGGAAUGUGUCCAAGUCCUCCAAAGACAGCCUGUCAAAGUAAUGUAAAGAGAAAAAAAAAAUAACACAAGCACCCACCGAAGCAGAUGUUCAUGUAUCGCGGUGCUUGCUCGUAUGUUUGCAUGAAAGUGGAGCCGAAUCACUACAGUACUCGUGUGCAAUAAUAGGCCGACUCCAUUGGGCCAACCCACAGACAGCUUAAGGCUCGGGUCAGGCUCGGGUCAGUUAAUAAGUGGCGCCAGUCAGUUCUGGUCGGGGUUAGUAGGGGGAAACUGGUGCUCCUUCAAUCGGCCUUCACAUACACCGCGACAACACCACCACCGCCGCGCUCAGAAGCCCGCUGUUUUUUCGAUGUCUUGCACAGUGCAGCAGCGCGCUGCUCAGAGAGCUCUCACACCCACCACUGUCAGAGUUCUGGCACCGUUGAAGCAACGUUGAACUGCGAGCGCGGUGCUCGGUGGUGACUGCUAUUUUGGCGCUGAACCCAGUGGCCAGCGCAGUGCAUACCGCUGUAUGUGAAAGCCCGACUCCACAGAAGAGACUUCCGCAAGUCUGUGUGCCCCCACCCCACCCCCCUCCCACCGCCAUAACCACCACUUCACCAACCCCCCCUGCCCGGUCCAAAGUCAUCCAGGGCAGUGGCGGUGGCUCAGCUGCAGCGCGAGUUUGCUUACAGCUGCAUGUCAGGCACACCUUAUUAGUGCUGUCAUGCAUCCCCACACACCGCAUGUUUAAAUAACUUUGAGUAAUAACGCAUGUAAGUGCUGACGUGACGCCGCGACUUACCCCACUGUCACUGCCAGCAUUUACGCCUCAGUCCUCUGAGGGCCUGGAGUAUGUACUAGUUAAGUGUGUGCGUGCGUGUGUGUGUGAGAGAGAGAGAGAGAGAGAGAGAAAGAAUGUGUGGAUGUGUGUGUGUGUGCGAGCGUGUGCUUUUGUAGGGAAUGCCAUGCUAGUAGUGUCUGUCAGUGUCGAUGUUGAAAGUAGAUUAGAUCUCCUCGUCGUUUGAUAUCCACCGAAUAGCAGAACGCAUGUCAUUGCCUUUUCCAUCCCAGCCCUGAGAGCGCGGCGCCGCACCCGCGCCGCGCCCGCGCCGCGCCCUGCCUCCCUCGGCCCACUCUCCCUUGUACAGUGCCCUUACACAGCACUUAUCUAAAGGCAAAGUUGGCUGUUGUGUUUGUACUUUCUGUUACACUUUCUACUCUUUUUCUCAGGCCCCCCUCCGUGGCCUCACUGGAAAUGUUGUUUUGUAUCAUUUGCACACAAGCAUAUAGUGUACACGCCACUGCGUAGAAGUUGCACACACGGCCUCUCGGUAGGUGAAAUGUCGUAGAAUACUGUACACCAGAGAACAAUUGUCAGAAAUGUUCAUGUUUUUUUUUGUUUUUUUUGUCUAUUGAAUUGUGUUGAGAAAAUAAGAUAAGUAGAAUCUAACUGUAUGAAGCGCCAGUAUUUAUCCUAGUAGAAAUUGGGCUCCUGUCAAAUGGAAUUAGCAAAAAGCUUGGAUUUGCUGUCUUCAAACAAACAAGGGUGUUUAAUCCGCCUUUGAAAUGGACACUAAUGAAUUGUUUGGGUCUUAGGAGUAAUUAGUCGGACGUUUGCUUUUGCUUGUGCUAAACGCAUAUCCCUUGUCAACUCUGAGAUAAAACUGCCCCUUUUCUUCACUGUAAAUAAUUGAUACUAAAUGCAAGCCAGAACAUUGGACAUCUCAUGAAUUAAUUUUUAUUUAUUUAAAAAAUGUGUAAAUGUGGUGUAAAACAUGUAUAUAAAAGUCACUGCACAAAAAAAUAAACGUGUAUGUCUUGUG